AUGAUCUUGGCCACCGCCAUCCUCAACACUAUCUCGGACGUAUCGCUGCUGGUUCUGCCCAUAUUUGCUGUCUGGAGUCUCCAUAUGCGGACAACGCAGAAACUAGGAAUAUCAGCCGUGUUUGCUGCCGGCCUCUUCGCUUGUUUUGCGAGUGCCAUGCGGAUUGACGUCAGUGUAAAGAAGAAUCAUACCCUUGAUAGGACGUAUGACUGGUUCCCGGAAUUCCUCUGGACAUCUGCCGAGAUUAGCGCCGGUAUCAUAGCCAGUUCUUUGCCGGCAGUCCCGUCUUUUUUUUCCGCCACGUCGGGCGAAAGGCUGUCUCAGCCAUGA